CGAACUAUAAAGCAACCUUGUAAUGGUUCAUAUUAUGUGCACAUUCUUCAAAAGAGGGAAAAAAAAAGAUAUGGAGAAAAGCCAGUUUCUAACAAGUCUAGUUGUUCUAAUACUUCUGUUGUCAUAUGCAAAUGCUACCUUUUCAGGGCCUAAAGCUAAGAAACACUUCGUGCUAGUUCAUGCGGCAUGUCAUGGAGCCUGGUCUUGGUACAAGAUUAUAGCAUUGAUGAGAUCUUCAGGGCAUAAUGUCACAGCCAUUGACUUGGGUGCUUCAGGUAUCAACCCCAAGCAGGUGCUCGAUGUCCCACGUUUAUCUGAUUACUUCAUGCCGCUAACGAAGUUCCUAGCUUCUCUUCCUGCGCAUGAAAAAGUGGUUCUUGUAGGCCAUAGCUUUGGUGGAUAUGCCAUAUCUAAAGCCAUGGAAAGCUUUCCAGAAAAGAUUGCAGUUUCUGUAUUUCUCACUGCUCUAAUGCCUGGUCCAAAUAUCAAUGCAAGCACCGUCCAAGCUAAGACAUUGGAAUUCACUGGAGUAGCAAGUGCAUCUGAUAAUCGUGUUGCUUUCGAUAAUGGACCUACCAAACCUCCAACAACCUUCAUUUAUGGUCCGAAGUACUUGGCAACUAAAUUUUACCAGCUGAGCCCAAUUCAAGAUUUGGAGCUGGCCAAUACAUUGGUAAGGCCACUAUAUUUUUACAGUGUGGAAGAUUUUUCUGAGAUAAUUCUUUCAAGCAAAAGGUAUGGAUCAGUCAGGCGAGUAUUCAUUGUUGCUGCUAAAGAUAAUCUUCUGAAGAAGAAGUUUCAGAAGUGGAUGAUUGAAAAGAAUCCACCAGAUGAAGUGGAAGAGAUCCAGGGCUCUGACCACAUGACCAUGAUGUCUAUGCCCCAACAACUUUAUACUACUCUUCAGAGCAUUGCCAACAAGUAUAGCUAAGAGCUGUUAAUUUAAAAGAAUAAGAGAGGCAGGUGUAAGGCUGAGAAUAAAACUUGAGUCGAUUCACAUAUCUGAUGAAUUGAUAUGGCUAUCCCAGUUCUUCCAUAGAAGAACUGGUUAAUUUAAUAUUUCAGCCACUUUAUUUCGUUGUUAUGUCCUUCAUUGUACUUACAGUGUUUGGAGUUGAUAUUAAUAAACGACUUCUAUUUCCUGUCA